AUGUCGAGGGAGAGUGGGCGUCAGUAUGUCGAGGGAGAGUGGGCGUCAGUAUGUCGAGGGGGAGUGGGCGUCAAUAUGUCGAGGGGGAGUGGGCGUCAGUAUGUCGAGGGGGAGUGGGCGUCAGUAUGUCGAGGGAGAGUGGGCGUCAGUAUGUCGAGGGGGAGUGGGCGUCAGUAUGUCGAGGGAGAGUGGGCGUCAAUAUGUCGAGGGAGAGUGGGCGUCAGUAUGUCGAGGGAGAGUGGGCGUCAGUAUGCCGAGGGCGAGUGGGCGUCAGUAUGUCGAGGGAGAGUGGGCGUCAGUAUGUCGAGGGUGAGUGGGCGUCAGUAUGUCGAGGGAGAGUGGGCGUCAGUAUGUCGAGGGAGAGUGGGCGUCAAUAUGUCGAGGGAGAGUGGGCGUCAGUAUGUCGAGGGAGAGUGGGCGUCAGUAUGUCGAGGGAGAGUGGGCGUCAGUAUGUCGAGGGAGAGUGGGCGUCAGUAUGUCGAGGGAGAGUGGGCGUCAGUAUGUCGAGGGAGAGUGGGCGUCAGUAUGUCGAGGGAGAGUGGGCGUCAGUAUGUCGAGGGAGAGUGGGCGUCAGUAUGUCGAGGGAGAGUGGGCGUCAGUAUGUCGAGGGAGAGUGGGCGUCAGUAUGUCGAGGGAGAGUGGGCGUCAGUAUGUCGAGGGAGAGUGGGCGUCAAUAUGUCGAGGGAGAGUGGGCGUCAGUAUGUCGAGGGAGAGUGGGCGUCAGUAUGUCGAGGGAGAGUGGGCGUCAGUAUGUCGAGGGAGAGUGGGCGUCAGUAUGUCGAGGGAGAGUGGGCGUCAGUAUGUCGAGGGAGAGUGGGCGUCAGUAUGUCGAGGGAGAGUGGGCGUCAGUAUGUCGAGGGAGAGUGGGCGUCAGUAUGUCGAGGGAGAGUGGGCGUCAGUAUGUCGAGGGAGAGUGGGCGUCAGUAUGUCGAGGGGGAGUGGGCGUAA